CGACACUCAUGAAGCCCAUGACGGCUCUCAUUCAGCACCUAACUAACCUUCAUCUCGACACCAUCCUUAGUCGCAGAACACACGGAGGAAAUACCGGUAAGAUGUGCGGCACGGACUGUUUUCUGAUGCUCCUGUCCGUUCUCUUCCCACCGAUAGGAGUAUGGGUCAAGCGCGGCAUCUGCUCUGCAGACAGCAUCAUCAACAUCGCACUCUGCUGCCUCGGCUUCCUCCCAGGGUUACUCCACGCUUGGUACAUCAUCCUCCAAUACCCAGACACCUCCGACUACGAAGCGAUGAAUGAUGGCGAACGCGGCAGCGACGGAUCAGUCACAUACUACUAUGUUGCGCGCGGUCCAGCGCCACCAAGGCAGUCGCGUCCGGGACAGGUUAGCUAUGGCACCGUAGGAAGCCAGCCAGCUGGUGGACAGUUCCCGGGACAGCAGCAGAGUGGUGUGGUGAAUACUUCCCCAGCGCCAGCGCCUCCACCGAAGCCACACCAGGAGAUAAGGGCGCAGACUGGGGUCGUUGGGCAUGAGAUUCAGGGUCAGGGUGAGAGCAGCCAGCCGCAGGAGAAUCCGCCGACCUAUGCGGAUGUGAUCAAGGGGGAUCAUAAGGUGCAGGGUCCGUAGGGUAGGGUUUUAGAGGGGAGUGCGUGAAUCGGGCUUGAACAGUAUCUAUGGGGUGACAAGGGAGUGAGAUGGUGUUUGACAUGAAGCCGCAAUGGACUGCGGCUGAAGUUGCAAUGGCCAGGCGCUGAUGGAGUGGUCCUUCUUUACAACCUUGGCUUUUCUUUCCUGUUUUCCUAUUUGGGUGGAGUUAGACAUACUGUCGUAGUCACUUUGGCAAUAGUAAAGCGUGUAUCAUUAAUCUA